AGCAGGAUCACUUGGGUCCCUCGUACACGGGCUGCGUGUCCAGACUCUAUCAAACUAGAUGUAAUAAAAGCGUCGGCCAAUCACAAUACACGACUAUGUUUGCUUACAGCUGAGGCUGAGGCUUGAGCUGACUGUUCAUUGUGGCGCGGCUCCCUUGGCGUCUGGGGGCUUCAACCACCUCUCACUUGCGCGUCCACUGUGUUGAGUGCCCUUUCUUCCUCUAGGUUUGUUCAUGCUUUUUUAUUUAGUCGCUCCUUUGCAUUCGUGAUUUCUUUUCUUUCGUCAGCAGCUAGUCCACGCGACAUCACUGGGUUCUUCUGCCAUUCCACUCGCUCUUGAUAGUUGGCACUUGGAGAAUUCCCCAUCAUCAAUUGGCCGGUCUUAUGAAUCCAUAAAUGCUCUGUCAUCAUAUGAUGGAACUUUGAUUCAAGAGCCGCCAAGAAAGAACCUAAUAAAUAGGAAUACCAGAAAUAAUGUUCUCCUAUACAGUGGUUCGAAGGUCGGCGGCUGUCCUCGGCCGCUCAAGACCACGGCCUAAAACGCCAUGGCAUACAAGUAGUUUCAACAGCAUUGGCACCAGGAGAUUCAUGGUUGGCAGUGGUCCCCAAGAUGCGCCUGAGGAAGAGUCCCCCAAGGCCCAAUCUAGGCCCGACUGGAAGAGCACCAUUUUAAAGAUGCUAGAGACAGCCGGAGCCACAUUGGCAUCAAUAGCGGUUUUAGGCCUUGCCGGAUACUCAUAUCAUAAGUAUUACAAAUAUCUUGUUCUAAAUAAAAUCGACCAUGCUUUUGACCCAGGAGAUCCUGCCCUAGAUGUUGCAGGUGCGUCUCCCGGGAAGGAAGACGAGGAUGCUGAGCACUGGAUUGUACGUGACGAACAGCACAAAAUUGAUCGAAUUGUGUCAGGUGAUCUCAAGGGCCACUAUUAUCUCCUCAUUGGUGAGAAAGGCACUGGUAAAACAUCCAUGUUGUUGAAUGCGAUGCGCAAGGUAAAUGCAAAACGAGUUGCAAUGUUUGAAGCCCACGCCGAUCUUGAAAUAUUUCGCAUACGCCUGGGCAAGGCUUUGGACUUUGAGUUCCAUGAAGAUUAUAUCGGCAGUCUAUUUAGCAUUAGAGGUCCACGAGAUACGACUGCAUUGCUAGAUAUCGAGCGUGCCCUCAAUAAACUUGAAAAGGUUGCUCUUCAGAGACGGACCAAAGGAGACUCUCCUUUGAUAGUCGUCAUCAACAGUACGCAUCUGAUUCGCGAUGAUGAAGACGGCCGAGAUCUCUUGGAAUUAAUGCAGCAACGAGCGGAACAGUGGGCGGCCAGCAAUCUAGUCACGAUGAUCUUCAAUAGCGAUGAUUAUUGGGUAUACGAGCGUUUUAAGAGAUAUGCAACGCGCAUGGAGCUGGUCCCGGUUCCAGACUUGUCCAAACAAAAAGCCAUGAAAGCUUUACAGAAAUAUAGAAAGCGAUAUCAUGGAGAGGAGGUCCCGAGCGAAAUUCUAACUCAAGUCUACAACCAGGUUGGGGGGCGUCUGUCCUUUCUCAAUCGAGUCGCAAAAUCCCCUGAUAUGCUGCAGACAUGCAAAGACAUCUGUACGGCUGAGAAAAGCUGGCUGCUAAACCGUUGCUGGAUACUGGGUGGUGAGAUGGACGACGAUGUGAUGGACGAACAGAAAUACUCGUCCGCCGCCAUGGUGCUCGCUAAGGCGCUCGUGGAUUGCGAGAAGGAUAUGGACAAGAUUUACGACGAUGAGCACGGACAUAUCCUACCACAGAUGCCGCUGCAUAAAGCCCGGCAGGUGAUGACACGCGCAGACUUUAUUCAAAGCUACGACCAUGACAACAUCUUCACAAUCGACUCCAAAGCAAUGGUACGGGCGGACUCGGUACCUAUGCAGAACGCGUUUCGCGAGGUUUGCGCCGAGCCCGGCUUUGACGAGCAUCUCGAGCAGACUCUCACCCGUAUCGGAGAUAUCGAGAGCUUGGGUAGAACGCGAGAGCUGACGAUCAAGGACCUGUGGGAUCAAGGGAAGUACCGGGUUGUUGUGCGCGACAACAGAGGCCGAGAAUCUGGAACUGUCGAGUUUUCCGUGAAGGAAAAAGAGGAGGAGUAAUUCGUCAUUCUAGUAUAGCGUGUGUUCCGAGUGUUGGAAAUGAAAUCAGGUUUUAUUCAUCAUUAUUUUGAUUGAGUCACAAAUACGAUAUAGAGCGUAACAACGCAUAACAUCGAGAGUAACAUCGAAAUAGUUAGAGACG